GAAAGCGAACUGCGCCAAGCGGGCGCUGCGUGUUAACUUAUAUUAAAUAAUAAAAUACGCAAUGGCAAAAAUUAACGAAGAUCUAAAUAGGGAGCGGGAAAAAUGUAGUUUCAAUGUCAAAGAGUUGACGAUUUUAAUGGACGGCGGACCGGAGAAAACGAAAGAAAGAAAAGAACGCGAGAAUUUUAUGAUAAGUAAAAGAGAUACGUAUGCUGGUAUACCAGAAGAUUAUCUAAGCUAUAAGGAACAAUAUGAGAAAGCUGUUAAAAAAUCUGUGAUCGUGUUUGGAUUGGUGCGCCGUUUGCAAGAGGAGGGGAAAACUACUAUUCACAACUAUAGGGAUGUGUUGGGAAAUCUCCUGCGGGCGUCAGAUGUUUCCACCGGCUUCCCUCUGGCCCUGCAUUACAUAAUGUUCAUGCCGGCGAUCAUAAACCAGGGAACUGACGAACAGACGGCCCGAUGGUUGCCCAGAGCUUGGGACUGCAACAUCAUUGGCAGCUAUGCACAAACCGAGCUGGGUCACGGCACAUUUAUACGCGGCUUGGAGACGACGGCCACUUAUGAUCCUAUAACCAAAGAGUUCGUCCUGAACAGUCCUACGCUCACGUCCUAUAAGUGGUGGGGAGGUGGACUGGGACAAACAGCAAACUAUAGCAUAGUAGUGGCCCAACUAUACACCAAAGGAGAAUGCCUUGGAGUCCACUCUUUCAUAGUUCAAGUUCGAGAUGAGGAAACCCAUAUGCCUCUUCCUGGUAUUAAGAUUGGAGAUAUUGGGUCCAAACUGGCACUUAACGGAAUCAAUAAUGGGUUUUUGGGAUUUAAUAAUUACAGAGUACCAAGGAAUCAGAUGUUGAUGAAACACGCUCAGGUUUUAGAGGAUGGAACCUAUGUGAAGUCACGUAACCCGAAGCUAAACUAUGGGGCUAUGGUAUUCGUGAGAGUGGUGAUAGCUUUUGACAUGGCCAACUAUUUGAGUAAAGCAGCCACCAUAUCGGUAAGAUAUUCUGCAGUUCGCAGACAAUGCCAGAGUAAAGCGGGUGAACAAGAAAGUCAAGUUUUAGACUAUUUGACUCAGCAACAUAAGCUGUUACCAGCUGUAGCGGCUUGCUACGCGCUCAAAAUAACUGCCAAUAAACUUUGGGACACCUUCAACACUGUGAACGAAGAACUACUCGCUGGCAAUUUACAAAGGCUACCCGAGAUCCAUGCCCUAGCAUGCUGCUUAAAAGCUAUCAGUACGUAUGACACAGCUACCUUCAUAGAGACAUGUCGGCUCGCGUGCGGUGGCCACGGGUACAUGCACUCUUCAAACCUCCCCACAACAUAUAGUAGUGCGGUAGCUGCGUGCACGUACGAGGGCGACAAUACUGUGCUGCUGUUACAGACUGCCAGGUUCUUGGCAAAAACGUGGCAGGAAAUAGACAAUGAAACUGGAAAAUUGACUCCAACGGUAGAAUAUUUGAAAACUACAAAAAGCAAGGGUUUCUCACACAAAUGGCUAAACACGACCGAUAAUAUCGUUUAUGGAUUUGAAGUUGUUUCUAUGAGGAAAAUUGCUUCGUGCGUACAAAACAUGCAAAAGAGGGUAGCCUCCGGCAUGACGUUCGAGGACGCCUGGAACAUGUCUUCUAUCCAGUUAGUCGCUGCAGCUGAGGCACAUUGCAGAGUAAUUAUACUUUCGACAUUCAACAGUGAAAUAAAGGAAUUGACGAAAACAACAUCGCCAGAGCUAAAGCGAGUAUUAAGCCAGUUGGUGGAUCUCUAUUCAGUUUACUGGGCGUUAGAGAAACUCAGCGAUUUACUUCAGUAUACAACAAUUAAUCAUGAAGACGUAGAUGGUUUGCGUUCCUGGUAUGAAGAUUUACUUACCCAGUUGCGACCAAAUGCUGUGGGUUUGGUGGACGCGUUUGAUCUUAAAGACGAGAUGCUGAAUUCAACUCUUGGUUCCUACGACGGACGAGCUUACGAGAGGCUUAUGGAAGCCGCUCUCAAGAGCCCUCUCAACUCUGAACCAGUCAACCACACCUUCCACAAGUAUCUGAAACCGUUUAUGCGUGGAAAGCUAUGAUAUUAGGGUAAUAACAAAUGUUAUAAAGAAUCUUCUAAGUCAUUCAGAAUGUAUAAAUAUAAAUGUCAUCGAAUAAUUAUUUUCGAUACUUUGUAUCAAAUGUAUUAUUUAAAUAGAACGAGGAGUUAAUUUUUAAUAGGUUAUAGAAAAGCUUUGGUGCUAUUGUAUAUGGAAGUAGGUAC